UUGUGCAGGGUCGCAAGUUCCAGUGGCUGUGGGGCAUCUGUUGGUGAAAAAAGAUUCACUGAUCUUGACUUGCUGUAAUCUUAGCGGAGUCAAGGGGGAUUCUGUUCAAGAAUCUCAAGAGAUUGAGCAAGAAGUCUGAGUGUCUGGGCUUGCAAGUGUCCUGAAUAAAAAGCACGAUCCAGGCCUUUAAUGACCUAUUGGGCACAGCUAUCAGCAGUGUGUCUGUCUGCAGAGAGAACGUCAACAGAAUGGAGAAAUUCAUUUAUCUUGGCAGCAAGAUUCAUGUCUAUGGUGACUGUUAGAGCCAUAGUAUAGGUAACAGAAUAUAGUGACUGUUUAUUUGUAAUGUGGAAUUUCACUUUAAGAUUGUUUGCCGGAUAUGAAGAACUGUCUGACGUCACGAGUUAAGUGUCGUAAAGCUCAGUAGUGCUGUAUGGGACUGAGGGCGCAACAGUCUUUGACCGUGGCUAAAGGAUAUUGUGUUAAUAUUGGAAGAACUUUUAAGUUGUACUGUUACGUUUAUAUACUAAAGAGUUCAGAAGUUAAACGAAGUCUCGCGUCAAUUACUUUAUUCUCUCAGAAAGAUGUUCACGGAAUAUUAGAACAGCACUAACAGUGACUAUUCCUAUUAAGACAGCAGACAGAUUGGGAGAUCAUGGGGGGUCAUGAGGUCGCUGGAAAGGGGUGUGUGGCACUCCUGAUAUCUUUGCAAGAGGAGGAUGGUCCAUGUCUUUAGAGUUCUGGUUCUCCCUGUUUUGCUGCAUGGCUGUAAGAUAUGGACUCCUUUGGUACCAUGUAUCUUUAAAGAAUCCUUGGGUACUGCUUGUUUGACAGAUGACCUUUCGGGAGGGUGGGACUGGAGCGCAUGUUGGCCUGUGAGGUCACCAACCAGUAAUCCUGAGAGGUUUCAUCAUGUGGUGGGUGCAGCAACAUGCUGUACUACUGCAUGCUCUCCAAGCUGACCUGUCCUUGCUUGUAAGGUUUCUCAGUGUCAUCCAUGGAGACAGAAGUGGUUGAUCGCACCAGGGCUGCAUACCAGACUGGAAGGUCACGGCCCCUGCAGUUCCGACUCCAGCAGCUGCAGGCUCUGCGUAGACUGAUCUCAGAACAGGAGGCAACCAUUUCUGCUGCACUUAAACAAGACCUCAAUAAGAGCCACUUUGAUGCACAGCUCUUUGAGCUGAUUGGGGUGGAGACGGAGAUCGCUUUGGCUUUGGACAAGCUGUCAGAGUGGGCUGCCCCCAGGCCUGUUCAGAAGAACCUCCAGAGUAUGUUGGUAGAUGUUUACAUCCAACCCGAGCCUCUAGGGGUGGUGCUCAUCAUUGGGGCCUGGAACUACCCCUGGGCCCUCAUCCUGAAGCCCCUUGUGGGUGCCAUUGCGGCAGGUAAUGCAGCUGUGGUGAAGCCAUCAGAGAUCAGCGAACACUCUGCCAACCUAUUGAAGGAGCUCCUGCCUCAAUAUCUAGACAAGGAGCUGUACCCUGUGGUGACGGGCGGGGUCCCGGAGACCCAGAAGCUGCUGCAACAGCGAUUUGACCACAUCUUCUACACGGGCAGCAGCGCGGUGGGAAAGUUGGUGAUGGAGGCAGCCGCCCGGUAUCUGAGCCCCAUCACACUGGAACUGGGGGGGAAGAGCCCCUGUUACGUGGACAAGGACUGUGACCUGGCUGUGGCCUGCCGCCGCAUCACCUGGGGCAAGUUUGCCAACUGUGGCCAGACGUGCAUAGCGCCUGACUAUGUGUUGUGUGAGCCUGCCAUCCAGGACCGACUGCUGCAGGGGAUUCAACGCACUCUGCAGGAAUUCUAUGGUGAUGAUCCUCGGACUUCCCCGGAUUACGGUCGCAUUGUCAGUGAGCGCCACUUUGAUCGCCUAAUAUCUUUGAUGGACGACUGCAGUAUCGCACUGGGGGGACAAAGUGACAGAUCGGAGCGCUAUAUUGCUCCCACAAUCCUGAGGGACGUGGACCCCAGCUGCCGGCUGAUGCAGGAGGAAGUGUUUGGGCCUCUGCUGGCCCUCGUCAUCGUCAACGGGGUGGACGACGCCAUCCGCUUCAUGAACAACCAGGAGAAGCCUCUGGCCAUCUAUAUCUUCUCCUCCAGCAAGAAGGUGAUAAAGAAGAUGCUGGCUGAGACAUCUAGCGGAGGGGUUACUGUGAAUGAUGUCAUGAUGCACUACACUUUGAGCUCCCUGCCUUUUGGGGGUGUCGGCCAGAGCGGCAUGGGCCGGUACCACGGCAAGCACACUUUCGACCAGCUGAGUAACCCACGUGCCUGCUUUGUAACGUCACCCGCACUGGAGAGCUUCAACAAGGCCCGAUACCCACCACUGUCCCACAGCCGUUUGCGCUUGGCCAGGUGCUGCUUACAGUCAUGGCUGUGCAGCUGUGCCAGGGCCUCCAUUCUGUGGGGGGUGCUAUCUUCCAUUCUGGCUCUGGGGCUAUUAGUCGCCUUGCUGGUCAUCCUGUUUAAGGACACAUAUAAAUGAAGAACAGCUGCUGAACCCAGUCAUCGAAUUUGUUUAGAAAAAAUCCACCAUGAGUGUUGUUUUGCAAUCCAAUAAAUAGUAUGGAUGGUACUCUAAGAUGCAAACCACUGUCUGUCCAGUGUUUUUCCGUAUACAGGGGGCACUGUAGCAUGUACACAGGGAGGGAGGAAGCUAGACAGGAUGACUGCAUGCUCCCCCAAUGAGAAUCGGUAGGGAAGUGACCAGCAAAAGGCAGUUAAACCAGUCGGUCACUGUAGUCUCCUCAGUAUGGGCUCCAAAGCCCCCCCCCCCCCCCCAACUGUCUGGCUGGGGACCUGUCUUACUGGAAGGGAUUUCCCUCUCAAACAGAGAGAGAGAGUCUGUGACAGAUGACUGUCUGUUGAAUGUCCACCCUGAGGGGUUAGAA